CCGCCUCUGAAUGGGGAUUGGCUCUCUGAACGGUGCUGAGUGAGCUCGCUUUUAGAGAGAGCAGUAUCCGUGUGCAUCGCUCUGGGGCAGACCCCACUGUGAAAUCCCUCAGGAGCCCCGAAGGCCUGAGGGUGCCAGGAACCAGUGGAGACAGUGCAGUUGCCCCCCUGCUGAGCGUUCUGUCUCUGAGACGGUGCCUUCUGUACUGCGCCCCGAUUGCCUUCGUGGUGUGCGGCACCAUCAUCUUGCUGUCCCGGCCCAGCCGUGCCCCUCCUGCUGGACAAGGCCUGGACGCCUGGUGUGUCCUCAGGGAUCCGCCUGCUCUGGCCUCUGCGUCUGGCCUCUGCGCACAGUGGGGACUGUCCCACGCCGGGGUGCGCUCCCGCCCACCCGAGGGGUGAUUGCACCUUCCCAAGGCCGGCUCAGACGCGCAGUCUGCACAUGUAAGCACCUCGCACCUAGGUCUUCUCUCCCUCCCCCGUCUGUUGGUGGAGCUGGAAGGGUGGGGGAUGGGACAAGAUGGGGACAAGAUGGGGAGUCCAUGACACAAGGAACAGCAAGCAGAGAGAGGGAGAAGGACAGGGCAUUAGUCACUGAAAUGCCGCCACCUCGUUUUUUGCACAGUUCUCCUUCCCAUCCAAAUCACAGCUCACUGUAGCGAGUGACCGUUCAGUGGCCAGCAGGUAGGAAUUUUCAUGGCUAUGUGGAAGGUGAGCGCAGAGGAAUUUUAGCAGAUUCUGCUGUAACUGCAGAAACCCUGGGGGAGUAGGAGGACUUUUCCAUUGCUGGACACAGUCCGUGUGCCCGAGUGCAUUUGUCUAAGCAGCAUCGAGCUGCGAGCUGUGCUCCCUGUACAGCCGGAGAGGUGUGAUCCGUGGCUGUGUUUGGCUAACUCAGAACGUACAGGUCACUUGUGAGAUGGCUCAGGUAGGGCUUGUCAAAUAGUUUCUGCAUGUGACGUUGGGGUUCUGUAGCCUUGUACGUACGGCUCCUUGUUUAUGUUGGGGGCAUGCUUGUAAUUAUCUUGGACUGUCUGACAAUGAUGCUGACCAAGGAUGUUCUGGUAUGAAAUAAUCUUUUUUUUUUUUUUAUUAUGAGCACAGACUUGUGCAGGAGUCAAGUUUGAACAGGAUUGAUGCAUUUAACAUUGUAAGAUAGCACGAUGCUACUUCUGCCACGCACAUCCAAGGGUGUGUGUCACUUUAAAAAAAAAUUAGGCUUUUUUUCUUACCAAAAGUGCUCUGACACCUCAUGGUGUAUUUGCAUCAUUACUAUUCUAGCCUCUGAAAAAGGGGCAAACAGCUUGAAGGGACCAAUUAUUUUGUGUUUUAUUUUUGUUGAUGGAGUUCAGGAAACUAACCUAUUUUGUUCAUCCAUUCAUUCUUAAAAAAUAAGUGCUUAUAGUAAGUCCUGAGUCUGCUUUAGCAAAACUUUUGGAAACUUGUCUUUCGCAAGGAGUCUGUGGUCCCUGCAUACUUACUCCAUGGAUAGCUGGAAAGUUCUUUCAUGUCAAUAGCAAUGAUAUGAAAAAUAAAUUUUGAUUAGGAAAGUAUUACAAAACGAUGUGGGAUACCUUGCUAAUUGAAAAAAGAAAGUUGUGGAAAAAUACAUAUCACAGAAGCUCGUUCUUCUGGAAGUACUCAGACGCAUACCGUGUGCACACGCGCCUCCUGCGGACGGCAAAGCCUGCCGGCAUAUACAUUCACACACAGCAGCCUUUCAGUGGACGUCACCUCUGGGGUUGAUGGUGUUUGCGUCCUAACAGAUUUCUAGUCAUUGCUUAACAAUUUCAGGAGUAUUGUUUUUAAAUAAUGUUUUGAAAUUUAAAUAUGAAUGAUUAAAUGGGUUGAUGCAGGGAAAGCUGAUGAUGGAAAAUGUGGAAAAGAAGGGAAAAAUCCAUCCCUUGUGCCUUUGGCAUUUACUGUAGUCUUCUGUAGUACGGUCCUGAUAGCAGUUUAUGGAGCUGAAACAAUGCUUAGCAUCAAUUUUUGCAUAUUAGUUUUUAUUUGUGAUAACAUAUACUUCAUCACAUUAUUAAAGUUAUUAAUGUACCUCAUUUUGUUAUUCUAAUUAAGAUUUAUUUUAUUUAUUUGAGAGACAGUUAUAGAGAGGGGUAGGGAGACACAGAGAGAGAGGUCUUCCAUCUGCUGGCUGGUUCACUCCCCAGAUGACCAUGACAGCCGGAGUUGAGCCGUUCCGAAGCCAGGAGCCUGGAGCUUCUUCCAGGUCUCCCACAUGGGUGCAGGGGCCCAUGGACUUGGGCCAUCUUAUACUGCUUUCCCAGAUGUGUUAGCGGGGAGCUGGCUUGAAAGUGGAGCAGCCGGGACUAGAACCUAUGCCCACAUGGGAUGCGGGUGCUGCAGGCCAGGGCUUUAACCUGCUGCACCACAGUGGCAGCCCCAGGGCACCUGUACACGCACCGUAAUGUAAGUUCCUGCAUCUCUUUUGCUGGGUGUAUGUGUUUCCAGGUUACAAAUGUCACAGAUGUGGUGGGGUAGGGCGUGAAAGGGCUGAUGGCACAGAGCUCACAAGCUUGGGUUCCAGGCCUCCUUUGUAGCCUGCUGUACAUCACAGUAUUGUGUCUCCUGGGGAGAGCAGAAGCCUGGUAAAGCAUUCGUGCUGCUCAGUGACCAUUGUUUUCCUAAAACUGUCCUUUAUGGGAGGGCUACCUCAUUGGAUCAGAAGAGCUGUAGGUGAUUUCCUACUUCAAAACCCAGGAGUUUGAAGAACAGUUCCAGCUGGCUUUGUGAAGGGAUCGUAGGUGUUUAUACUUCAUUAGAAAAUGUGUUUUGCUAAAACCUGUCAUUGGGGAUCUUCCUUAAAUUGUGUUAAACUUGAUAGCAUUCAUUCCCUUUUAUGUGCUUCAUUGUCAUUAUGAUAUUUGAUGGACUUCUUUUCCAAGUGGUCAUUAGCCUUUACUCUCAGUAGGGGAGGAGGAAGGGAAGUGACCGUGGGAGAGAACAGGGGACGACAGAAAGAUGAGUGUGAGAAUUAUUUGUCCAUAUUUUAUACUAUGAGCUGGUUUUCAGGCUGAAUAUUUUUAUUUCAGAUUUUCAGACUUGGUUUUUUUCAAAUAUUAUUCUUGCCAUUUGUUCAUUAAUGUCAUAUUUGUUUUUUAUUUUGAAAGUGUGAGAGAUCUUCCAUCCACUGGUCACUCCCCAGAUGGACAUAACAGCUAGGGCUGGGCUAGGCCAAAGCCAGGAGACAGGAGCUUUACCCAGGUGCCCGGCAUGGGCGCCAGUGGCCCAACCAUUUGGGACGUCUUCCAGUGCUUUUCCCAGGCUGUAAGUAGGGAGCUGGAUCAGAUGUGGAGCAGCUGGGACAGGAGCUGGUGCUCACAUGGGAUGCUGGUGUCACAGGCAGUGGCUUCACCCACUAUGCCACAAUGCUGGCCUCUGUGCUUUUAAAGAAGUUUAUUUCAGCGAUGUCAGAUUUCUUCCUCAUCAUUUCAGUCAAUGGUUAGACGUUUAAUAGAAACUUUCCUUUUGUCAUUAAAAAUAUUGAACUCUUUGGGUGGGUGUUGCAGCGUAGUAGGUUAAGCACUCUUUGCUACAUCUGCAUCCCAUGUGGGCGCCGGUUCCUAUCUGGGCUGCACCGAGUCCAAUCCAGGUAUGUGCUAAUGCACCUGGGGAAGCAGCAGAGGAUGGCUCAAGCCCUUGGGCCCCUGCACCCACGUGGGAGACCCAGAUGAAGCUCCUGGUUCCUGACUUUGACCCGGCCCAGCCCUGGCCAUCACAGCCAUUUGCAGAAUGAAGCAGUGGAUGGAAGAUUCCUUCUCCUCUCCCCUUCUCUCUGUGUAACUCUGCCUUUCAAACAAAGAAAAAACAUCUUUAAAAAAUUUUGAACUCUUUGAAUAUAUUUUUCUUCCUGAAUUCCCCCUGUAGUGUUACUCUACCUCUGUUCCCCACCGACACAAAUCUGUCCCGCGUUUUAGUUUAAUGAGGACGUGCAGACAACCAGAAGACCUCAGCUGCAUGGUUCGUAGCCAAACAACUGAAAUUCUUUUCUUUUUUUUUCAGUCUUCCUGGCAAGGGAAAGGGCUGCUUCUGCCUUCUGAGAUGCGUUGCGGCUCUGGCCUUUGUGUGUAACAGCGGGGUUUUAGCAGGUGUCCAUUGAUAGAACUUGACCAUUGUGUUGAGUGUCAUGAAGUCAUUGAAGCAGUGCUUGGCCGCUCAUCUCAUUCUUGUACCUGACUUCUGGUGUUUGCUUUAGAUGGCAGUGGGGGCAGAGGAAGGCUGGUCGUGUCUGUCACACAGUGUGGGUGCUGAUGUCCUCACUUGGGGGGUUAGCGUGUGUCUACCAUAUUCAUUUGUUAGGAUGUGCUUGUGGUAUGGCUUCCUAUGUUUGUAAACUCCCAAUGAACUAGUGCUUUCUGAGCUAUGCUUUAGCCUGGCUGUGGACAGAGAGAAACACCACUCAGUUUUCACCCCUUACUUUUCUUGAGUGUUUGGAUUUCAGGAGCAUAAAACAAGGAAAGUGAGAGGGUGUUGUUCUGGGAGUAGUGACGCAGGGGACUAGGUGCUCAAGGCAGACUGAGUCUCUGGGGACAGCGAGAUGUGACGACAGGACUUGCCUCCUGCAUUGCUGGCAGUGCCUCUGCGUGGCCCUCUCCCGCUCAGGGCUCACUGCAGGUUUUGCAUCUGCUGUUACUACAAGGCGCAUCUGUGGCUUGUGCGUGCCGAGGGGUCGCAUGUUGUGAUAAAGACUUAAUCUGUCAUUCUUCAUGAUAUUGGAGGUCCCAAAGCUGUGGAUACUGCUGCUCGGGGUCCCUGCCCUGUUGUCUAGUCAGCAUAACGGGACAUCCCUGAGAGACCCAGCAGGGCUGUGCAGACCUGAAUGGUGUUGUCACACGCACUGGUUCUACCUUGCAGCACCGCAGUUCACUGAUGGGAGAGAAUUGUCUGCUCCCUUUGUCCACGUGAGAACGCACUGGAAUUUGCGCUGUGGGACUGGGGAGACCUUGCCUCUCCCUGGGUUCUUUCUGUGUGGGAUCUUGGCCCUUUUCCUCUUUUGUUUGGGGCCUGCCAGAUACACCAGCGACUUGAAGGUCGCCAGCUUUAUGACGGUUAUAAAUACUUGCGAGUCACCACUGUGUGGUGAAGUUCAUGUCCAUUUUCUUUGUUUGGCUUCAUGGUUGGGUCAGGCGGGGUCUUGUGUCUGUGUCCUGUUUAUUCUCAGAUUCCCGUUAGAGGGCCAGAUGCGUGUGGGGCUAGUUGCUUGGAUUGGACGAUUGACAUGGGUGUAAAGAGACGGUCCCUGGGCUAAACCGUGGGUGAGAUGCUUUCUGGCAGGACUUUGCUUAGGGCAUAAAAAUGACCCUGUGUUUGGCUCUUUGGAUUUCGUGGGACUCGGUGUGUCCGUGUGUUAGAGCCCUGGUCAGGGCGUGUGAGAGACCCCAGGCAGCCUGGUCAGUGCACACUCAGCCACGGCGGCUUUUCAUGUGGUGUGCUGGUGACUCCCAGGCCUCCGCGGGGUUGGGGCAUUCUGCUUCCUUGGCUUUUUGCUUGAAGCUGAGCAAUAACCAGGAUUGGCUCAGCCAAAGAAGGAAAAGCAACGGUUGGAAAGAUGGUCGGGAGAUGCUGGGAAGUGAAUUCCACUGUAUUUUCUACAGCUGUGUCUAAGAAUAGUGACGGGCCCUGGGUUUCCAGGCCUGAGGACUUAGGCGGGUGGCCCUGGCCGUUCACCAGAGUUCAGAUUUAUUUUUAGUGCAGUUUGGUUGGGGUAUCUGCUCUGCUCACAGCUCAGCAACCACGGACUUCGGGAACGGCGCCUCCUUUUUGCCCUGCACACAGCACUUCUAGCUCCAGUGGUGGUUUGAAGGCAAAGCACCUGCCCAGACUGGCCAGUCGCAGCGUCCUGCCUGGUGGUCACUCUGGUUCAUUGGGGCUGAGGUCCACGACCCAAGUUUAGCCAGGCUGGGUGGUGUUUGUUCACUCCUUUGGUGCUUAGCUUUUUAUUGAUAUUACAAAGUAACUGAGGCAAUUUUUUUUUUUAUUUUCAAAGGUGUAUUUUAUUUAUUUGAACAAUAGAGUUGGAGAGAGAGCGAGUGUGGGGAGCAAUCCGGACUAGACUGAGUUACUGGAAUUAAGACUUAUUCUAUGCAUCUGCUCUCCCACAAUAUGGCGCUGGGAGAGAAGAAAACAGCUUUUACACAGCUGCCUCCAGUUCAACCAAUAAACUGUAGGACUUGCUCCUGAUUGGAGAGCAGCGUACUCGGCGUGUGGGCAGCCGAGUUGGGAUUGGCGGAGGAGGACUAUAAAGGAGGAGAGAGACGGCAUGCACCAGGAACAUCUAUGGGGAACAUCUAUCUGAAGGAACACCUGUGCAGACCCCGAGAGAACCGGCCGGCGGUGUGCCGCUCCCCUGCGGAAGUGGGGAAUGUGGCCAGGGGGAACUGCCCUUCCACGGAGGUGGAAGGGAUAGUAGCCAACCCGGGAAGAACCAGCAGCAAACCCGGGGAGGGCCGAGCAGACGAAAGAACAGCGCAGGGUCCUGUGUCGUUCCUCCACGAAGACGGGGAGCGACAGCGAGAGACAGAGAGAUCUGCUAUCUGUGGUUCACUACCCAAAUGACUGCAAUGGCUGGGGCUAGACUAGGCCAAAGCCAGGAGCCAGAAGCUUCUUCUGGGUCUCUCAUGUGGGUGCAGGGUCCCAAGCACUUGAACCGUCGUCUGCUGCUUUCCCACGUGCAUCAGCAGGGAGCUGGAUUGGGCAUAGAGCAGCUGGGGCCCAGCCUGUGCCCAUACAGGAUGCUGGUGCUGCAGGUGGAGGCUUAACCCACUGUGCCACCAUGCCGGCCCUAAAGCAACUGUUGCGUAUUUUGUUCAGUCACCGCUCCAACCCUAGGCAUAGAAAAGAACAUUAGACAUAGUAGACUAUUAGUCUAUUAUUAUUAGCAGAAUGAAUGGUUUGGUUGUUGAUCAGUGGAUUUAUUGAACAGAUGAUGUGUGUGGAAAUGGAUCACUUUGCUUUUCCAGACUGGGUGAAGAAAACCCCAGUUGUAAUUUGGACACAGAGCUCGUAGCCUCUGACCUUGUCUGUGAGAGAAGCGAUGGGAUUCUGCCUCUCUGCUGGCAGCUGUCGUCUGGCACGUGGGUAUCAUUUCUCACGUAUUGUCCAGCAGGCGGAUAGUCGCUUGUUUCCCAAUCUUAGCUCCUUGGUCUCCUCCUUAAUGGACCUCCACCUUCCCUCUCCACGACCAGAUGAAUUAAGUCGCACACCGGCUCUGUGUGCUCGCUCAUUGCAAAUCUGUACAACCGGGAUUUGCUGUUGGGCUCAUUGAGAGAGCUGAUGUGUAGUCCCAGUCCUUCUUCACAAGCUGUGAGUCCCCUGCUUGCUUACUGCGUUUGUCCUCAUCUCCGACUUAACUCUCUGGCACCUCACAGCCGAAAGCAUACGUCUUACUUAAUGAAGUCGUUCAAAUGGAAAUUGUUGUAACAUAUGACUUUCUAAUGGUCCUUAAGUGUGUGAUCAAAUGUGCUCCUAUUGCCUUCUGAUUGUGCUCCAUUUGAUUUCAGUUGCUUAUUACAUGAGAUUACAAUCAUUAAAUAAUUAGGUUUGCUGUGGCCAUUACAGACAAUUCCCAUACUGUCCAUCUGGGGUCGUUUGGUUUAAUGCCUUCCCAAUUGGUCUUCACUAUCUUCCAGCACAAGGGACAACAUUCAUAGUUUACCAAAGAAAGGCAAGAUGUGCGAUCCUUCCGAAGUCUGUUUUCUUGCUAAUGGUUGUCUAUGAGUUGCGAAGAGAAUGGAAAAUGAGAUGUUCAGGUAGCACAUAGGCCAAAGCCAAGGCUGCUCCUCUCCUGCGCUGUAGGAUCAGAUCUCAGUUCCUUCUGGCAUUGAACAUUUCCUCAGCUGAGCAUUUGGGCUACUCUCAGUGUCACAGGGACAUUCUAUCAGUUUCAUCUGCAGGAGUACGUAUUGCUCAACAUAAACACAGCACAGCGUGGCAUGGCUGUCAGGUCAAGGAGCGAGCCAAGCACAGAAUUCUCAAGUUCUAUUUGCUGUAACCUAGUUCUCUGGCUCCCCAUGUUCAGAGAACAGUGUCGGUGCCUAAGAGUACUUGCUACCUGCUAUGCUGUGAGAAAUUUCUGGGCCAGUUGAACAGAUAGGAUAUCUACAGAGCGUGUCUGUCUGCCUGCCUGUUUACUUACGUACCUACCCAUCCCUACCACUCAUUCACACAGAUAGAUUGAUAGAAUUGAAAACACACACACACAGGAUACUUCAGAAAAAUCAGUGGAAUAGAAUUAAAAGGUAAGUUUUUUUUUUUUUUUUGGUAGAAAUCUUGAAAUCUAUGCAUGUUUUCCUAAUUCAUGUUUUUCGUAAAAUUUCCAAAAGCCUUUUUUAUGCAUGGAUUUCAGUUUUUUUUUUUGCAUCAAAAUAAAGUUGUCUUUUAAGUCCACUUAUACACAAACAUUUUGAAGAUAGACUUGAAUAUAGAUAGUUAACUAUAGAUAUAUAGAGUUUAUAUAGGGAAUAGAAACCUGGGUAAGCAUAGGCAGAUAUUUAUCCUGGAGAUCUAGAAGUAGAUACUGUAGAUGCAGAGACUGAGGGAGAGCUAGAUACAGCACUCAUUGGGAUGCAUGAUGCGCAUUAGGGGAGGGGUGCAGUCAGUGAAAUCAAUGUCUGAAACAGUGUGCUCACAUCAAUAUAAUUAGCUUAAUUGUGAAUUUCUGCUAAAUUGAUGGGUUGGCUACAGGCAGUUCUGCCUAAUAGCAGAAAACACAGCUAUGUAGCACCUUUUAAAGAGUUGGCGAAUUGAGUGAGUGAUGCCUGACUCCUUGCUCUUUGCAUGGCCGCCUUUCACCCAAAAUCAGUCCAUCAGUGCCUUUCACUAGCUUUGUGCUCCAUGCACACCUGCUGUAGGUACAGUAACUGCCCUAUGUCAGCCCUCCUGGCACGUGUGAUUGUGCCAUGCUGCUGGUUGUUCCCAUGACUGAGCAGCAGAGGUGAUGCAUUCACUGGCUUGGUGUACAGCAGGUAUACAGCAGGUGUAUAGCAGGUGUACAGCAGUUGUAUAGCAGGUGUACAGCAGUUGUAUAGCAGGUAUACAGCAGGUGUACAGCAAGUGUAUAGCAGGUGAAGUGUAUAGCAGGUGUAUAGCAGGUGUACAGCAAGUGUAUAGCAGGUGUACAGCAGUUGUAUAGCAGGUAUACAGCAGGUGUAUAGCAGGUGUACAGCAAGUGUAUAGCAGGUGUAUAGCAGGUGUACAGCAGGUAUACAGCAGGUGUAUGGCAGGUGUAUAGCAGGUAUACAGCAGGUAUACAGCAGGUAUACAGCAGGUGUACAGCAAGUGUAUAGCAGGUAUACAGCAGGUGUAUAGCAGGUGUACAGCAGUUGUAUUGCAGGUAUACAGCAGGUGUCUAGCAGGUGUAUAGCAGGUAUACAGCAGGUAUACAGCAGGUGUAUGGCAGGUGUAUAGCAGGUAUAUAGCAGGUGUACAGCAGGUGUAUAGCAGGUAUACAGCAGGUGUAUAGCAGGUAUACAGCAGGUAUACAGCAGGUGUAUAGCAGGUAUACAGCAAGUGUAUAGCAGGUGUAUAGCAGGUAUAUAGCAGGUGUACAGCAGGUGUAUAGCAGGUAUACAGCAGGUGUAUAGCAGGUAUACAGCAGGUAUACAGCAGGUGUAUAGCAGGUAUACAGCAAGUGUACAGCAAGUGUAUAGCAGGUAUACAGCAGGUGUAUAGCAGGUGUACAGCAAGUGUAUAGCAGGUGUAUAGCAGGUGUACAGCAGGUAUACAGCAGGUAUACAGCAGGUAUAUAGCAGGUAUACAGCAGGUGCCAGACGACAAGGAGCAGCAUGAGUGAAGCAGGUGAAAGGCAACACGGCUCCUUUCUUAGUGCCCACACUGAAAUACCACCACAGAACCACGCAUGCCUUUAGGAAUCCUGGAAUCAUCUCUUUUCUAUAUUGUUCUGGAGUUCUCUUCCUCUUACUCAGUUUGAUACAUAGUUGUUUUGUAACUUUAUCAUUCUGUUGCCAUAUUUUCUAAGAGUUGAUUACAAAUCUUUUUAUAACCUUCUGUUUCAUAUGCUGUUAUAUUGCUUUAAUAUGAUAAUAUAAUCCAGGUAUAAAAAUGUCUACAGAAAGGGCUUGGAAGUUUCUUUUGGAGCAUGGUAAAAGCAGCAACAAUAGGAAAGUGAAUUAUCACUGUCUCAGUUCUUUGAUUAUAAUGUCAGUGUCUCAUAUUUGUUUUGGCUUUCGCUUUUUUAAAAGAUUCAUUUGUUUACUAGAAAGGUGGAGUUAGAGAGAAGAAGAAAGAGAGUGAGAGAUCUUCGAUUCGCUGGUUCACUCCUCAAAUGGCUGCAACUGCCAGGGCUGGGCCAGGCUGAAGCAAGGAGCCUGGAGCUUCAUCCAGGUCUCCCAUGGGUGGUAGGGGCCCGUGGACUUGGGGCAUCUUUUGCUACAUUAGCAGGUGCAUGAACAGGAAGCUGGAUCACAGGUAGAACAGCUGGGACUUGAACCAGUGCUCACAUGGGAUGCCUGCAUGCCAGGUGGUGGCUCAACCCACUGAUGCGAGCUCCGCGGCAGAGCAUUUUCAAGUAAUUGUUUUCUUGAGCAAGUUCUAAAUGGUCGAGUAUACCUAAAAUUAAUAGUUCUAACCCGAUGGGCGUGAUUUACGAAGACUGCUGAUUUCGAGUAGCUUCUUUCUUUGAGGCUAUGCAGUUACUUAAGUGUACAGGCUUCAUAUAGUUACCCUUGCAUCGUGUUUGCCUUUGAAGGAGGACUUAGAUGAAUUCAUCGCUGAAGUCAUUGAACAGCCUUGUGAUGUCACCAUGACAGUACAACUUAAGGAAGAUUUCCGGCCCUGGCAUGUGGUGUAGUAGGUUAAACCUCCACUUGCGGUGCCGGUUCCAGUUCCAGCUGCUCCACUUCUAGUCCUGCUCCCUGCUGAUGUGCCUGGGAAAGCAGUGGAGGAUGGCCCUAGUGCUUGGGGCCCUGCACUCAUGUGGGAGACCUGGAAGAAGCUCCUGGCUCCUGACUUUGGAUCGGCGUAGUUCUGGCCAUUGCAACCUUUUGGGGAAUGAACCAGUGGAUGGAGAACCUUUCUCUCUGCCUUGCUCUUUCUCUCUCUGUAGCUUUACCUUUCAAAUGAAUAAAUACAUAUUUUAAAGAAGACAGAUUUCUAAACAUUUUAUAACCUCUGGUAAUAACCUAGUAAUAAUCCAUAAUAAUGGCUCAAAUUAUUUGGGCUCCCUGCAUCCCAGGCACUGGACAACGGCUUUCCUUAUAUCGUGUUGUCUUCUUUACCAUCAUACGAGGAAGUCUGUCAUCAUGACUAGUUUACAGAUGAGUGAACUACAUACAGAGAGGUUAAGAAACUCAUGAAGGUCUCUCCAGGGUCACCUGGCUGACCAAGCCCAGUGAAUGAGGUGCUACAAUGUCUUAAUCCAAUGUUUGUUUCACCCCCUUUACUUUCCACAAUUCCCUAAGGGAGCCCCUAGGGCCAGAUAUUACAUAAAUGGAUUGCGGACUAAUUAACCCACCUAUUUUAGAUGUUAUGGCCACGUUCAGUAGCUGUAGGUUUCUACAGAUAGUGUUCUGGUUUUAUUUUACUGAGCUAGCACAUAUUUGGAGGGUUGGCACCCGCCCUCACUGUGGGAUUUUCUUGCAGAAAACACAUGCUUGUGGUUGAUCUCAGCCGAGAGUUCCCCGUGGAUGAACAUCUGUGUCAACACUGAUGCCUCUGCAGCACUGCGUCCUGUACGUGGGGAUCACCCAGGACCUCCGGGCAUCCCGAUGACUGUGUGGUUGGAAAUCGGGCUUCUUUCUUGGUGGAACCCACUAACCAAUUCUCUUGAAAAUUGCAGGCAGAGUGACAGUGAGAAGUAACCUGGAUUUCCUCUCCUUCCCAGACAGACACUUUUGGGCACCUGCAGAAUGAGAGACCCUGUGUGAGGCAUUGGGAUUGUACUGGUAUUGGGCCAUACAUGCUUCUUAAAGAUUUAUUUAUUUACUUUAAAGACAGACUGACAGAAGGAGAUAACACACACACACACACUCACACUCACACACACUCAGAGAAGCAGAGAGAAAAGAGAUCUUCCGUCUGCUAUUUUACUCUCCAAAUGGCCACAGCAGCCAGCUCUGAGCCAGGCUGAAUCCAGGAGCCGAGAACUCCAUCUGGGUCUCCCACAUCUAUGGCAGGGGCCUCAGUAUUUGGGCCGUCUUCACUGCCUUCCCAGGCGCACUAGCAGGAAGCUGGAAUGGAAGCAGAGUAGCAAGAACCUGAGCCAGCAGCUCUAACAUGGGGCACCAGGAUUGUCCACAGCAGCCCAACUGGCUGUGCCACACCUCCAGCCUGCGCAUACAUUUUUGGUGGUUAAGAUAAUCAUUAUUUAUGUUCACAGUAAGUAAGAAAGAUGCCAUGCCAUUCUAAGUGCUGCACAAAAUUAAAAUUAGAUAGGAUUAAAUGAAAAAAAGUGAAUAGAAGGCAGCAUUGGAGUGGCUUCAGUGUGGUGAACCAUGUGACAGUGGUGUGAAUCGGGACCACAGGACGGCUCGUAGGCUGGGACUUGGAACUUCAGUGUUUAUUAUGGGAAAGCGAGGCUUUUGUUCAGGCAGUAAUGGGAGAGGAUUUAUUAGCGUUUCUGUAUCAUCAUUUAUGUCCUCGUGGUCCCUGUUGGGAGAAUGGAUUGUGGGGAAGCCAGGAAGAAGCAGAAAGCUCAGCUAGAAGGUUGUCACAGGCGACUGGGUAAGGCAAGAUGGUGGCAUGACCUCGUGUGGUGUGGGUGGAGAUGGACGAGAGGGGUGGAUGUAACCUUUGAUAGGUAGAGCCUGUGUGCGGCUAUCAUAAGGGAAUGGAGGAUGGCACCCAGCCUUCUGAGACAGAGAAGCCCUGAGGUGUUGAGGUUUGGGAGAUAACAGGAUCUGGAUGUAGUCUUGAUUUUGAUUUGAGUUGAAAGCUUCCAUUUCUUAGCUAAGCAGAGAGUAGGAAGUGAUAUAUGUGAGCCUGGACUAUUGGGGAGUGAGUAGAGCUUCUAAGUGUUUGGGAGUCAUUGACAUUUUGUGAAUGCUUGUAUGUAAGUCAGGCCCCUCACUCUGGGGAGACCAUAGAGGACGAGGUGUUCAAUCACGGUGCUCACUCUGGGGAGACCACAGAGGACAGGUGCAGACAGAAUCACUGGUGCUCACUCUGGGAGACCACAGAGGACAGGUGCAGACAGAAUCACUGGUGCUUACUGUGGGAGACCACAGAGGACAGGUGCACAGACAGAAUCAUGGUGCUCACUCUGGGAGACCACAGAGGACAGGUGUGCAGACAGAAUCACGGUGCUCACUCUGGGAGACCACAGAGGACAGGGGCGCAGACAGAAUCACGGUGCUCACUCUGGGGAGACCACAGAGGACAGGUGCACAGACAGAAUCACUGGUGCUCACUCUGGGAGACCACAGAGGACAGGUGUGCAGACAGAAUCACGGUGCUCACUCUGGGAGACCACAGAGGACAGGGGCGCAGACAGAAUCACUGGUGCUCACUCUGGGAGACCACAGAGGACAGGUGCACAGACAGAAUCACUGGUGCUCACUCUGGGAGACCACAGAGGACAGGUGUGCAGACAGAAUCACUGGUGCUCGCUCUGGGAGACCACAGAGGACAGGUGCAGACAGAAUCACUGGUGCUUACUGUGGGAGACCACAGAGGACAGGUGCACAGACAGAAUCAUGGUGCUCACUCUGGGAGACCACAGAGGACAGGGGCGCAGACAGAAUCACGGUGCUCACUCUGGGAGACCACAGAGGACAGGGGCGCAGACAGAAUCACAGUGCUUGCUCUGGGGAGACCACAGAGGACAGGUGCACAGACAGAAUCACUGGUGCUCACUCUGGGAGACCACAGAGGACAGGUGUGCAGACAGAAUCACGGUGCUCACUCUGGGAGACCACAGAGGACAGGGGCGCAGACAGAAUCACGGUGCUCACUCUGGGAGACCACAGAGGACAGGGGUGCAGAAUCACGGUGCUCACUCUGGGGAGACCACAGAGGACAGGGGCGCAGACAGAAUCACUGGUGCUCGCUCUGGGAGACCACAGAGGACAGGUGUGCAGACAGAAUCACGGUGCUCACUCUGGGAGACCACAGAGGACAGGUGCUCAGAUCACGGUGCUCACUCUGGGAGACCACAGAGGACAGGGGUGCAGAAUCACGGUGCUCACUCUGGGAGACCACAGAGGACAGGGCGCAGACAGAAUCACGGUGCUCACUCUGGGAGACCACAGAGGACAGGGGCGCAGACAGAAUCACGGUGCUCACUCUGGGGAGACCAUGAAGGACAGGUGCACAGACAGAAUCACGGUGCUCACUCUGGGAGACCACAGAGGACAGGGCGCAGACAGAAUCAUGGUGCUGGACUGUUUCAGUAGAGUGAUGCUCUCUGUUGGAAACCUCUUCAUAAUAUUUUAUUUGCUGUGGUGAUACUUUAAUAUUUCUGAAGUGAUCUUAAGAGUGGACGUGUAGCCUAGCUUUUAAAACUGACCCCUGUCAGUUUUUGGAGUACUUUGGUUUAAUUCAUGGCUCCAGCUCCUGGGAGGCAGUGGAGAUGGCUUACAUAACUGUGUCUCUGCCACCCACGUGGGAGACUAGGAUUGUGUUCCCAGCGGCUGGCUCCGGCCCUGGCCACAGCCUUUGGGAAGUGAAGUGGCUGAUGGGCACUGGCUCUGUCUCUCUGACUCUCAAAUUAGGAAUAAUAAUCUUUAAGAAAGAGAAGCCAUGUUUAUAUGUGACAAAAAGUCCCAAAAUGAUUUCUUUCAACAUCUUAGGGCAAUAUUUUCCAUGCUUGAAACGUAGUUGACAUUCUGACGACAAGGAACGAGGUCAGACUCUUACGAUGAAGAAUUUGAUGUGGAUUCUCUGCAGUAUUUAUGUGUGUUCUUCUCUCAGUCAGCAGUUGAGGCUUACAUGGUUUUUUUCUUGGGGUGUGGGGAGGCACUGGGCAAGGUAAGGCAUGCGUUUUAACGAUUUUCCUAACUUUCUUGGUUCCCAAGUAGAUACGUUUUUUUUUUUUUUUUUUUUGACAGGCAGAGUGGACAGUGAGAGAGAGAGACAGAGAGAAAGGUCUUCCUUUGCCGUUGGUUCACCCUCCAAUGGCCGCCGUGGCCGGCGCGCUGCGGCCGGCGCACCUCGCUGAUCCGAUGGCAGGAGCCAGGUGCUUCUCCUGGUCUCCCAUGGGGUGCAGGGCCCAAGCACCUGGGCCAUCCUCCACUGCACUCCCUGGCCACAGCAGAGAGCUGGCCUGGAAGAGGGGCAACCGGGACAGAAUCCGGUGCCCCGACCGGGACUAGAACCCAGUGUGCCGGCGCCGCUAGGCGGAGGAUUAGCCUAGUGAGCCGCGGCGCCAGCCUAGUAGAUACGUUUUGACAUCAGAAGUCUUCCCUGCUGUUUCUCACCCCCACUGCUCUUUUAAUUGUUGCACUUUUCCCUGGGGGUCUUGGGGUGGGAAGGCUCAGUGUUUCAGAGGCCCACGGAGUGUCCUUGUCACUGCAGCAUGUGAAGAAUGCCAGGCUGGCAGCCGUGGGCAUCCCUGUGGACUGUGUGAAUCGCUGAGCAUUUGCCCUGUGACGGGAAUGGACACAGUGACAUGUUAAUGUGACACAGCAGUUAGUGAUGCAGGGCCAGGAGCCUGGUUUCCUGCGAGGAUUCUAGUUCACCCCACUUGCAUUAUUAACACCUUUUGUAAGAAGAUCAAACCCGGGAAGCUCAGGACAUCACCAGGGCUUUAUCGGUGGCUUGGAAGGUUGCUUUGCUAUCAAAGGGAAAUGCAUGGGGUCUAUUAAUGCAAGUUGAAGGCUCACAUUUCUCAUAGUUAGUGAAAACAAGAUCUGUCACCGUCCACUAAAAUUCCCCAAGGCUGAUGGAUUCGGCACUAAAUCAGGACUUAGGGCUGGGUGUUGAGAUGUAAAGCAUUGUGAGCUUCCAGAAUCCACACGAGGAAGUUGAGAAAAGAAUGGACACACACACACACACACACACACACGUGCACACACACGUACACAGUUUGUAAGUCAUGCAUGGUGAUCACGGACGUGUUCAAACAAGGGGCUUAGGAGUAACAGACGGCCAAGGGCUGAGUUAUGUUUUUCUAGUCGAUCAUCUCAUUGGUGGUAUGCAAUUACAGAAAGCAGUUUGCAAGUAUUGCACAGAAUCUCAUUCCUAACAUUCAUGACUGCUGCGGUUGGUGCCUUGGCAUAGUGGGCUAGAACUCUGCUUACAGCACUGGCGUCCCAUAUAGGUGCCUGUUUGUGUCCCGGCUGCUCCUCUCCCCAGCUCUCUGCUAUGGCUUGGGAAAGCAGUAGAAGAUGGCCCAAGUAUUUGGGCCCCUGCACCCAAGUGGGAGACCUGGAAGAAGCUCCUGGCUUCGGAUUGGCCCGGGUCUGGCCCUUGCAACCCUUUGGGGAGUAAACCAGCAGAUGGAAGACCUUUCUCUCUGUCUCUCCCUCUCUCGGUCUGUAACUCUAUCUCUCAAACAAAUAAAUAAGGUCUUUAAAAAAGAACUCAUGGUUGCUGAGAAAUUGAGAAUUAAUUGGAACAAAUCAAGUGAGUAGGUCAGAUGAUAACCUUAAGUGCCUUGAGUGGCACUCAGCCUGAUUUUUAAAAUUCUAUGUUUUCUCAUUUCUGCUGCGUGAUAGUAAUAAGAUAAUACCUUCUUUUUUUAAAAAAAAAUAUUUAUUCAGUUAUUCAAGAAGGCAGAGUGAUGAAAAAACAGGUAGAGACAGAGGGAGAUGGAGAUCUUCCAGCUAUAGUUUAGUCCCCAAUGCUGGGAGCAACCUAAGCUGAGCCAGGUAGAAGCCAGGAACCAGGAACUCUUUCUAGAUCCCCCAGCUGGGUGGAAGGGAUCCAGAUACUUGGGCCGUCCUCUGCCGCCUUCCCAGCCAAUUACCCGGGAACUGGAUUGAAAGUGGAAUGGCCAGGAUACAGACUGGCCCUCCAGUAUGGCAUAUGGGCACCCCAAUGGCAGCUUAAUGCACUGUGGCACUACACUGGUCUCAGAUAACACAGUAUUAAAGGAAGGACCUGGAGCUCGCCGAGGGCAGUGAAAGUGAAAGGUAGGGUUUGCCCCAACUGAUCAGGCCUUGUAAUGAUUUCGUGAGCUGCCUAUGCAAAAGCUCUACCAUAGUAUGGCUUCAGAUCUGAUUUUACAGCAGAUCCAGGCUAGCAGAUGGGGCCAGUGAGGGAGAAGAUUAAUUUAUUUCAUUUUAUUCUAUUUUGGGGAUUACAACAUCAUAGAACAUCUCUUUAUUGUCAACAAGAGUAAUAAUCUGAUAAAAAUAUAGUGCGGUGAUAACAAGCACCCUGGAAGAUGCUUGGGAAAAAUCAAAUCCAAUAACUACGCUUUUGUUUCUCGCCAUCUGUUUCUAUGUCACUGCUUGAGCAGGGAGAAAGUUCUAGAGUGGUGUCCACUGGGCGCUAACCACUGGGUUUGUGGGUAGGGAGAGAGUGAGCUUGAAUAGAUGGCCCUGCCGUAGGCAGUGAACUUGGAAAGUGUAAAGAUUCGGGAAACUGGGGCCCUGGAUCCUGACCCCGUUGUUGUAGAGGAGGUUUGAUUACCAGGAAGAGUGUCCAGGAGGCUCCCUGUUCCCUGGAAGGGCUGGACGCAGGUUCUCCCGUGGCCCCGAGCUGUUGCAUCCUUACUUUGGGAAUCUUGUUUCUGCCAAGGUUCAUUCUCCCCGGAAAGUGCCCUUCUUAGGAGGUGGGCAUCACCAGCAGGGCGUUAGAAACCCUCCAGUGCGCCCCUAGGUGUCUGCUGUGAGGUGUUUAAUAUCCCCCUGAGUAAGCUGGGCAAGUCAGGAGUUCUCCCAUGUCUCAUUUUCCUCUCCUCUGCAGGCAGCUGCCAUGAUUUUCUUGUGAUUAUGGGUCGGGACAAGUACUAUAAUUAAAGUAAAUUAUAAUAGUGGAUGCCUAGCCCUUUGUGCAAAAGGUGUGGUAUAAACAGAAAGAUAGAAUCUGACGCCGCCCCCGGUGCUCACCUGCUGGUCAGAGGUGCGGGCACCGACGUCCUGAAGCUUCAGUGAGUCCCAGCAGGCCCUCUGGGUCAGGGUUGCAAACCUCCUGGGCACUCUGUGCGGCUCUUGGUGGAACGCUCUGUCUCCUGUGUAACACAAGGGAGCAAGGAUGUGGCCCCGGAAGCAAGGCCCUUCUGGAGCCAGAGUGGCUGCCCUGGGCCCACAGAGCACAUCCCUGUGCAGUGUUCUGGCUGCAGAUGUACCAAUAGGGUUUUGGAAUGCACGUCCGAUGAUGUGACUUCUCUCUCUGCAGCCUCACCAGCAAUCCUAAGCUAUUCUUCAUUUCCUCGUAGGCAGGUGAUUUGUUUUGCUAGUUAGGUGUUGAUUUUGUUGGGGUGUAGCAUGGCGUAUCGAGAGAGAGCAGAGCUGCACCGCCAAGUGAGCAGAGCCAUUGGGUGUUCUUCCUGAAAUGUUAAACCCGCUGUGUGCUUGCGUGUGCUUGCGUGUGCUUGUCAGCCAUGGGAGAGAAGGCCUCUGCCCAGGUCCCUCUGCGAUUCCUUCCAUCUGGACGCUGCCGGAAGAAGUUGCUCAGGGGUGUGCACGUUUCAGAUCCGGACUCAGGAGAGGCAGCGGCUGGGGGUCAGUGUGCGAGUGUCCUCACCUCGCCCUGCUGGCCCGAGCUCAGAGGGCAGCCUGGCGUCCCGCUGCCUGCGACGCUGUGUGCUCCCGGGCCUCUACGUCUGCCCUUCCGCCCCCGAGGGGCACACGCCCUGGUCAGGACACAUUCCUGCGCUGUGUCCUGCACGUUUCACGUGUUGUUUUUCGUCUGAGCCCUGCUUGGGGCUGACAGGUGCCUCUGGGCACGUGCUGCCCCGGGGCCUGUCCUCCUCAGCAUUGGGGCGUGUUUGGUCCAGUGUUACUGCUCUGCUAUCGUAGCACACGUGGGCCAGGGUGACUCCUUCAGGCGCUUGGGGCUCGGCGUGCUCUCUGCAUUUGUGAGCUGCGGAAGGCAGGUGUUGGCAGCUGUGGAGGAGGAGGAAGGGCCGUCUUGUGGGGUGGCAGCAAUUGUCAGCCAAUGGCGAGGUUUUGACUGCAGUCCACAGAGGGGCCCUGAGUUACAGCCGAAACCUCGUCAGCGGCUCGGGACACGGAGCGCGGGUCCUUACUGUCUGUCCCGCAUGGAGGAAGUGUUGCCAUGGAAACGUCCAGUGAUGAAAUCCUUCUACCCAAUUCGAUAGAACCAGGAGAUGGGGGUAUUGUGAGCUGAUCAGGUCAGUAUGGUGGGGCUCCCAUGGUGGCAUCAGUGCCCUGAUGAGAUGUCCACCCUGUAAGGACACACGGAGGUGUGACCACCUCCCACCCAGGAAGCCGGUCUUCACCAGCCACUGCUCUGCCUUGACCUUGGAUGGUGCAGCCUCUGCAGCUGUGUGAGAUCCAUUGCUGGGCCGGUGCCGCGGCUCACUAGGCUAAUCCUCCACCUUGCGGCGCUGGCACACCGGGUUCUAGUCCCGGUCGGGGCGCCGUAUUCUGUCCCGGUUGCCCCUCUUCCAGGCCAGCUCUCUGCUGUGGCCAGGGAGUGCAGUGGAGGAUGGCCCAGGUGCUUGGGCCCUGCACCCCAUGGGAGACCAGGAGAAGUACCUGGCUCCUGCCAUCGGAUCAGCGCGGUGCGCCGGCCGUGGCGGCCAUUGGAGGGUGAACCAGCGGCAAAGGAAGACCUUUCUCUCUGUCUCUCUCUCUCUCUCACUGUCCACUCUGCCUCUCAAAAAAAAAAAAAAAAAAAAAUCCAUUGCUGGGUUUAAACCCCUCCAUGGGUGGUCUCCCGCAGCCUGAACUUGGUGAGCAGUGGGAUGAUCACAAAGAAUGGCUGGUGGGCAAAGGAGUGAGGACCUGAGGGGCUGUGGUGGCAAAGAGACGGCACAGAGGGGGAGGGGGCAUGUCUCAAGAGCAAGGACUGUAAGCAUGGAAGCAGGUGCAUUGAGCUUCGUGACCACGCUUGUGUCUGUGACUUUAAAAUCUACUAGGUGUGGUGGCCGGUUCCUGCUUUGCAUGUUGCACACAGAGGCAAGGGGUAACUGGGCCCUGUCUGUCAGGUGUCAGAUUAUAUGGGUAGUUGGGAAGAAAAAUGCACAAACUGGGAUCCUGUGGGAGGCUUGGCAAAUACUGAUUGAGGUGAGAAAUUAAGCAAAAAGUUGUAGCAAGGCAGGUGCUGUGCAUAAGGAGGAGUGGCCAGUGCAGUCUGUAGGCGGAGUCCAGAGGGAUCAUAUAUUUAAUUAGAAGCUGUAGCAGGUAAUGUUCAAAUAGUCUUUGAUGGGCAGUUGCCCCUGAAUUAUAGCCCCGAUGUUGUAUUUCUUGUAGUGAAAAUUCUUAUGCGUGAAACGUCCAAGCAGCAGCAUGCUAAAAUAAUACCGUGGGGAAUUCAAAUGCAGACUAUAAAUUAACCUCUCUUAUUUUUUGCCUGGUAAGAUAAAGAGAGACUCUGCAUGGGAUAUAAAAAGUCGUUAGAAUGCUGUCCAGCGCCUGUCCAGGCUUCCUAUUUUAGUAGCUGAAAAACGCUUGCACGCGCAGAGAUUCUGGCCGGAGCAGUUUCCUUCCUGCUCACCGUGCGUGGUGUGACCUCGGUUGCUCUUUUCUUAAGUCUGGAGGCUUUCAGCCUUGGCACACCUGCCCUUUUGGGUUGGGUAGUUUCUCCAUUUUGGGGGGCUGUAGGGUAUUUGUUAGCUCCUGGCCUCUGCCCACUGGAUACCAGUAGCAUCCUUGGGCUGUGACAGUCAAAACUGUCCCCAGACAGUGCUAAAUAUUCCUGUAGAAGGGGAGUAAAAGUCACCUGUGGUUUUGAACUGCUUGCCUAAAUGCACCUUACUAAAUUAAAAGGCACUGGGUGUGCGCUUCUGUAGCCAUAAAUCUUGGAAAGGAAGCUCUCGGACUUGGUGUGUUGCAUUUUCGUGGUGACUUUAACCGUAUUCCUGACCUUAGAGCAGUAGCUUGCACCUAGUGUGUGGGCGAGAGAGCCCUGGGAUGGAAGUGAGGCUAGCGGGUCCUGGCGUGAGCAAGACUGCUUUCUCUGCCUCCCACAACACACACCUCCACCGAGAUGCGAUUGCUGGGACGUGCGGGACCUGACUUUCGAUGGGUGAUGACUUUGGGGUUCAUCUCACACUUACCAUGGUCAGCAUGGGUGAGAGCGGGUGACACGCUGCCCCCAGUUAGCGUCUAUCUUCCUUGACCCCCACCCCAACACUUUCCCCUCUCACUUAAGUACCAAUGGGUUUUAAGGUCAAAGAAUGGAACAGAUCCAAUCUGUUGAUGAGCGGUGGAGGAAUUAGAAAUUUUUCCAAAAGAGUUUUGAGAGUUAAUGUGUGGCCCAAUGAUCCCCUGCUGUUCUUUCCUUUGCCUGUCUUCUUUUCCCAGCGUCUCUCCACAAUAGCCAAGUGUUAGUGUGAAAAGUGUCCUUGGAAUAAUGAGGGAAAAGUGUUCUUGGUUUUUCCUCUGAAACUCAGAGUUCCUGGAGCAGAGGGUAGGUUAAAGCUGCUUUUGGGAGCACAGUUGUUAAACUUUCCCUGUUUCAUGCUGCGCUGCUUUCUGAGCAUGUCCCGAUGAAGAAAGUUGUCCAGCAGUGGACGCUCCCACAGUCUGUGUCUCUCAGCUAAGUGAGAGACUUGUGGCCUUGCCACACGUUACGUGAACGUGGGAAACCCUUGGAAGGAGCGCGAGGCCAUCAGUGAGUGAGUGAAUUACAGCGAGGCAGACAGAAGUCACUCUGAUUUCAUAGGUGUCCCGCCGGGCCUGUCUUGCAUAUAUUUUCCAUUUUAUUUGAAGGAAAAUCCCACCUAAUUUGCUUAGACGAACCAUCUGGAAGUACUUUUUCUCUUUAUUGCCUCUUGACACUUUGCCAAACCUGAAAGAAAAAAAAAAAAGGAUGAGAAAAUUGGAAGAGGGCUGAAUUUAAUAUGACGAGUGUUAAAGGGAACGCUAAUCUUGGUCUUCCAGCACAGGCAUAGAGCUGCAUCAGGCUCCCUUACGCCCUCUUUGGAAUUAACUGUCCUCUGGCAUGUGGCGGAGCCCUUGGUUUCCUUCCUUCCUUGGCCUAUCGCUUUACUUCCGAGACCCCGCUGGGGCCCAGCACACCUUACACGUGUCUGUGUUCAGUCGCUGCCUUAGCAAGGAGAAUGCCAUCUUACAGCUGAGCGGCCCAGAGGCUGCGCAGGUCAGUCCUGGGGCAUGGUGCAAGCCUUCUUUCACUCUGGCCCAAGGCUUUUCUGCUUUCUGGAAUGGAAUCCUUAAAAGGGGCAGUGUUUGCAAAGCUGUGUCUUGGUGGUAGCUACACCCAGGAAUCAUGUGGUCAUAGUUGAUGUCUUGGAAAUACGCUGUGCUCUGAUUAAUCGGAGUCAGAUGUCUCUCUGCUUAAACAUCCAUCCUGUCUUGGGCUGAUCAGAUCAUCCCUUUCUUCUGGGUCACGUAUCCUGGACUUUGGGAAGGUCCAAGUCUUAUGGAAACUGAGACGUAUCCUGAAAUGUGAAAUGAUUAUAGAGCAAUCAUCUAUGAAAUGCAUACUAUUUAUAAUGGGCCUGCAACAUGUAGGAACAGUCCUGGGUAUUUUAUUUUAGUCGUGAUAGGAACUCUGUAAGGUAAGGGGAUCUUGAUUCUGUGUAGUAGAUACAGCUGAGAGACAAUUUUCCAGAGGUAGAAUUACGAAGCUGGGAUUCAUUCCCGUCUCUGCUAACUCAACAGCUCAUGCUGUAGCACUGGGGAAAAUGACUAACAUUUUGCUUCUCUUGAUUGUGAAUGAUGUCUGUGGCUGGUAUUUUCUUGUGAUGAUUGCAUCUGGCAGGUUUUGCUAAGGUUUUGGAUAAGUGUCUUAUUGCAUUUGUAUGAAGAUUUCUAGUAGAGAGUGUUACCAAUGUUUUCCUGUAAUGAUUGGUAGAAAGUAGAAACAUCACUUGAGCCAGUGACUCCUACCCAUUUGAAAAUGGACCCAUUUUCAUCUGUUGAUAUUUAUGCAAGGUUUGUGAUAUUUAGCGUGCUGAAUACAGAUCUGUGUCAUCAAAUUUAAUCCAAGCAGCAUCCACGCUCAUUUAGUGAAACUAUAUUGCAUAGCCAUCAGUUGAAAGAGCUAGAGAAAAACAGUUAUCUUAGAUGAAAGUGAUUUCUUUUUACAUGUCGUUGAGUUGCUAGAUCUUGAAUACAGCUGAGUAGUUUUCCAUAUAUUAUGCUUCAUUUAUUUUGAGCAAAAUUAGUGUUGUUCAGUGGUGUCCUUUAAAGCCCCAAAUAUUAUUAAAAUGAAAUAUGAUGAUAAUAACAUCUGUUUAUGCAUGUAAUAUGUGUUUUCCUAAAAUAAUUGCAUAAUAAAUUUUCAUUUUACAGUGACAAAGAGCUGGGUGUCCUUUUAGCUCUCACCCGGUUAAGCAAGAAACACGAGAGAUGAUAAUUAGGAAUCAGGUACUCCUAGAAAGAAAAAAUGUUAGAGAAUUUUCUCUCCCAGCUUUUUUCAGAUGAGUUUCAUCUUUGAGUUUCAGAGAUUGUACAUACCUAUUUGGAUACACAUCUUGUUUGUGUUCAGUGGAAUUCAUCAAAAGGACCAAUGAACUUGCGAAGGCUUUGUUGUCAGGGAGUUUCAGGAAACAGGAAUAUUUCAGAAGCAUUAAAAUUAUCGUGGCUAUUAAAUCUGACUUCUAUUAAACAUAAACAGCUUUUGUUGCCCAUAUGUAACAAGAACGUUGGGAAACAUUGCUUUCGUGAGUCUGUAGCUGUGGGCACUCACCAGACUGAAUACAUAGUGAUUUAUUCUCCACUUAACUCAGUGACUUCCAGCAUUCAUUCCUCCCCUCUGCUCUAACCUCCUCUCCCCUACCCCCUGUCAGCCACACAGCCCUGCAGGCUCUGCCACUCCUUCAAUGCACAGGACUUUGAGGAUUAAGCUCCUUCCUUUGGAAAGUCCCACUGGCACGUGCCACACGGCUUUGUCCCAGGUUAUCAGUGUGUGCCGCCCUGACUACUGCUGUGAGUGUGCCCUUUAAACCUUGCUGUUUCUGUCUAAGGCUUCCAGAGCCAACUGAGUUCUAUUUUCCUCCUGAUCUCCUUAGUCUUCCUAGUUGACUCUAUAUGCAUAUGGCACCUUGUCUUCAGAGGUGUUGGGUGGUAAGUGACGCCCUUACUGCUUUCCCAGGGAUUUCUCAGGGCAAUUUCAAAAAUGUUAUUUUCCACUGUAGUGUCAGUGGAUAAUUUUAUUCCCCAUUUCACUGGGAAAUGCCCGUCAUUUCCAGUGUCUCCUGCAUUCUUGACUCAGAGGAGCCCAAUGCCUGACCUCAUACCCUACCUGGGGGUGCAGGUUUUUUUUUUGCCCCUUGGCAGUGCCCAUCUGCGUGGGUUGUAUGCAUUGGUAGAGGUUACAGGUGAAGCACCAUGGACUGCUGAUGGACCAUUUGCGAGUGCAUUGCUAUGGUAAUGAAGCCUCUUUCUAGGAAAAAAAUAAUAGAAUUGGAAACUGUUUGAUGUAGAAAAAUGUGGUAGAGGCAUCACAGUGAAAGCAAUUCGAUGCUUUUUAUUUGAUAUAUACCUCUGUAGUCUAAAGAGUGUAAUGCAGUGAUCAAGAUAACGCUUCCAAAGAUCUUCAUGGAUAGGCUCUAAGUAGCAGGAUAAUCUGGGAGGUGAGGGACUCUACUUGAUUUUUGCAGAAAGACUUCUAUAGACUUAACUAGGACAAGCAGGAGAGGAGUGAGGGAGGGGCACCUGGAAUCCCCAGCAUGGGGGAGUUUCUGUUCCUCAUUUAGGGGGACAGGACAGCCCCUCCUGCAGGAGACCAUCCUGCAUGGAUCCAGUGUAGACGCUCGAGGUAAAGUCCUGGCUGACAGUCACAGCAAGUGCUUGGCCUUAGCCAGUCUCCGUGUGCCCUGCUGUAAGUGGGGAUACGUUCUAGUCAUGGCCACACAUUCAGUGUCGGUCUUCCUGUGUGCUGGUAGCAGGAUUCAUCCUUUUUUCUUCUCUUCCCAUUCCUUCCUGGUUGGUAACUGCUUUCGUUCCUUGAACCAGUGAUGAGCCAUCCUCCUGGCAGUGGGCGAGAUGCCCUAGCGAUGCCGUUUGGUUUUCAGUGAAUGGAUGACGUCAGAGAUGCUGAGCCCGAGCUGAUUUGGGACUGUGUGAGUGACACGCAGGUGCCUUCUGGGCACGUGGCCGGGUGUGUACUUCCGCUUCCUCGGGAAGUUUGUGUUGUGAGAGUGUGGGUUGAGUUUCAUGGCUUGAAGCGCCUGAAUUCAGGCAGCAUGGUUAAGGCGUAGAACACACACGCAAAGCUUGCCUUGCAGCCGUCUGCUUUAACCCAGUGCCUGAGCUCGGUGGUGUCCAGUUAAGAAGACAACUCCAGAGCCCUGGAGAUUUGUCCGUGGCGUGGCGGAGUUUGAUUUCUACCUUUCUACCCUGCAGUCAUCGACCUGCAUUUUUUGUUGUGGGGGCGGUGGUGUUGGACUGGAAUAACUGGCUUAGUAUGCGUGAAUGUUGAAAGCAAGUUUCAGAGUGUUGUUGUGAGCUAUUUUAUUUACGGUUACAUAGUGUAUAUAGUUUUUCAAGUUAUCACAGGAUGAGAUGAGAAAAGUCUUUUUGAAAGAAAGAGUCCAGAUGGGAACUGUGAUUUGCUGUUAUUCAAGAAUAAAUAUAAUGAGUAGGUAGAGAACAGGCUGCGUGGCAAUGCUGGCAGCUCGGCUGUGUCUUACUUGCAGAUUGUUUUAUUUACUUAUUUAUAAUUGGUGAAAGAGUAGCCUUGAUGCUUCUGCAAGAUUAAAGACAAAUGCAAUGAAAAUCCCAAGCCUGGCAAGAUUGACUGCUGAACGCCCAGGGAAAUCAGACAGUAAAACAGCCCCAGGAAGUGGAGCGGAAUGAUUUAGAAAGGUGAAUCAGGAAAGGACCCGGUUCUCUGGAGCUUAUGUAACACCAAAGAAAAUCUACUCCACAUAUCAUAUUCUUAAUGCGAUCCUGAUAUCCUUCUAGAGUGCAUCAUGAUGAUGUAAUUUUUUACUUUCUUAAUAGUAGUCCGACAAGAUCAGAUGGUUUCUUUUGUCUGGUUAUUAUAGAUGGAGGUGCAUGUGAAUCUGUUAUUCACCUACUUUCUUUUAUUUAAUAAAAUAAAGAUAGUAGAAAAUAAAAUUUCUAGCAUUAGCUUUUAAUUGAGUUGUAUUUUUAUUUUUAUUUAAAAAUUUUUUUGGAGCUGUAUUUUUAAAAAUACUUAUUUUAUCUAUUUGAAUGCAGAGUUACAGAGAGAGAGGGAGGUCUUCCAUCUGCUGCUUCACUUUCUAAAUGGCUAGGGCCGGGCCAAGCUGAAGCCAGGGCCAGGAACUUCUUCCAGGUCUCCCAUGUGGGAGCAGGGGCCCAAGCACUUGGGCCAUCCUCUGUUGCCUUCGCAGGCUCACUGGCAGGGAGCGGGAUCAUAAGUGGAGCAGCUGGGACUUGAACCUGUGCCCAUGUGGGAUGCUGACAUUGCAGGUGGUAGCUUAACCUGCUAUGCCACAGCACCAGCUCCAAAAUCAAGAAACCAAAAGCAAAACUGAAUUUGUUUUUCUCAGCUAAGUAUUUUUAUGGGUAUUUUCACAGGGAGUUACAUAAUUGUUUUAAAGUAGGAUUGAAUUGUGCCUGAAUAGAAAGUAAAGGAGAAUAUAUCACACCUAUUUUUUAAAAAAAUUUUUUUAAUUAUGAGAGUGUGAGCAAGUCCCUCCACCUGGUGAUUCAGUUCCCAAAUACCCACAACUGGUUGGGCUCAAAGCUGGGUGCCAGGGACUCAAUCCACGUCUCUCAUGGAUGUGGUGGCAACCCAGUCCCUGGGGCCAUUGUCGCUACUCGGCAGGGCUGUCUGAAUUCGGAAACUGGUGACCCAAAGGGAUGCAUUCGUCUGUUGAAAGCACAGGUUUUCGAAGCCCUUUGGAAAGCCUGGUGGAUUUGGUUUGGGGAGCUUCGUGUGGUAUCACCUGCUCCUUCCUGAUCCUGACACAGCCCCAUUGUAAUGCAUCAGGGCUGAGCUGCUCUGUAGCCAGAUGCAUUUAAUCAUCUCUUAAAGGAGAGAGAUGGAAAGAGAGAGGGAGAGAACGAGAGCCAGCGCUGGGACUGGGGGUGUGCCCCAGAGCACACAGGGAGAGAUGGAGGGCCGCGGGGUCUCAGUUCUUGCCCAGCCCUGAGCCUCAGUAUCCAGGCCCUAAAGUGGUUGUCCCAAGCUUUCGCCCAACCUGGGCCAGUCACUCAGUUGAGCAGGUGUGCCUGGGGAGGGCUUUGGUCGGCACUGAUGAAUCCAGGUGUCACCUGGAUCCCAAAUUGUCCCUGGGGUCAUGGAAUCAGAUGUGCUGCGUGACUGGCUUGGCUUUCUCGAGGAGUCAUUUUCAUGUGUUGUCAGCCGCACUUCUUAACGGACAGAUGAGAAACCACUCUUUGUAUGCAAAACCAGGGUGCCAAGGGAUCAUGGAAGGGCAGCUAGUGGACAAGUCCACACAGAGACUCCAGGUUGAGUGUCAGCUCCACUUCCAGCUGGUCCUGUGGCUCUGCCAGGCACGUGGCUUCUCCCCUCGAGGCCUCGGUUUCCAUGUGUGUGAAAAGAGAAGGUUGCAGUAGAAUCGGUGGUUUUCAAGCCGUGCUUGAAAUGGCCCCCGAUUUUGUUCAAAAUAAUGCCUGGGGAGGGAGGGCUGGGCUCCAAGCUUCUGGAAUUAGGGUUUCAUGGUUAGGUGAGAGGUUGCAAAUCAGACUAAAGGUUCCUGGAGCUCUUCUGACUCUAUGGCGUUUAUUUUAAAGAUUUAAUUGAAAUUUGCAUUUUACUUUGUAAGUGUUUUGGAUUUAGAGUAGCCAUCUAGGGGCGUGGCUCAGAGAAGUAGGAAAGACAACUGAGAGUUCACAUCUCUCUCUCUCCCUUUCUUUCCCUCCCUCCCUCCUUCUCCUUUCUUCUUGUCUUCCUCCUCCUCCUCCUUUCCCCUCCCUCUCCCUCCUCCGUCACCCUCUCUCUUUCAUUCCCUCCCUCUCUUCCUUCUCUCCUUCAUGCUUCUCCAUGUCCCCAGACCUCAUUUUCCUCGUCUAUAAAGUGAGAGUGAUGUUAAUAGUCACCUACUUUUUGUGUUACGAGGAAAUUAGUUUAUACUUAUAGAACAGAGUCAUGCCUGGCAUCUAUUAAGCACCAUGUAGGAAUUAAGUAAAUCCCUACUCAUCCUUUGGGAAACUUGGUUUGUAAGAACAUGGAGGAGAUUACUGUAAUUUGUAGGCAGUUUCAGUAUUUCCUGCAUGUCCAGUGUGUUUAAAACCUGACUCAAUAAAUUGGUAACCCAGGAAUUUGUGUGGAUGGGACAUCAGGUCAAAGGAACAACUUGACUGAGUUCUACAUGUAGAGAUUCCGGAAGCACAAAAGUGUCACGUAGUUAAGAAACUUGGGUUGCAGCAGUUGUGUGGGCUUCUGUUCAAAGCUGGGAUUGGUAGUGCCGGAGCCCAGUACAGGGUCAGAGGAUUCAGUGCCGUUGGGUCGGGGGGCACGUGCAGCUACUGUGGGGUGCUGUGAUGGUGAUGAAAUGGGAGUGGAGGUGCUGAUGAUGGCCGUGGUGUAAAUGAUGGUGGUGGUAAUGGUGGUGAUGGUUCUGGUGGUGGUGUGGUGACAGUGGUGGUGGUAGCUAGGGGGAACUGUAAACGCUCUUCCUCUUUUAUCAAGGGACUUCCUUGCUGGGUGCUUAUCACCCACACCUUAAAGGCAUGGGGAAGAAAUGGCUCAUGGACUUGGUAGCAAGUGUUGAAGAGAUGCGGGGGCUGUCUACGGCCAUACCACCCUGAACGCGCCCGAUCUCGUCUGAUCUUGGAAGAGACACAGGGGCUAAGUGGGGACUGAGAAGGUUUUCUUUCUAUUCUUCGUUGCUGGAGGCUAUGAAGAGCCGCCUCUGUUCACAGGUGCACGCUUGGUUUGUAAUCUGUUGCCAUCUGCAAAGCUAAACAAAGCAGCCAGGUAGCUAAAGCGUGGGACCAAGAUAUGCUUCUCUGGGAGGCUUAUGGUUCCUGCUCAGGUUUUGGAGAUGGUUAUUAGAUGAAGACUUUGCUUAUAAAUUUCAGCAGUGUACAUUUCUUUUAGCAACCCGUGCUGGUCGUUACUGUGGCAACAGAAGCACGGUUAUCUGGUUGCCAUCAUUUAACUGCUGAGUGAAACCCACGUUUGCCGUGUGGUGAUACUGUGUGUUGUUGCGAUGCAGAGUGAAGUUUUGAUUAGUAUGUGUGGCACUGUCUGUGAGAGCACAUUAGCAUAGUAAGCAAAGAAAAUUGAAAUGUGGAAAAUGCCAUCAGAAGGCUCUCUUUUUAUGUUCAGUUCAUGCGAUGUGUCUGUUUUGAGAUUGUGAUUUGUCUGGAGCAGCAGUUCUCAGUGGGAAGGGAGGAAAUUUUGAACCCUCCGUCUAGGGUAGGGUCUUUAGGAGACUGUUACUACUGGGUAACCUUUUAAAAGCCCAGGUUGUCUUGAUUUAACAUAUCAACACCAAUCCUUCUGCUGGACUCUUUGUCAUUAGGAAAGCUUUUGUGUUUGGACAGAUCCUGCUGUUGUUGAUGUGGAGGUCUUGAGUGACUCCUUGUUAACACGCUCUGCUGCUUCUAACAAGUCCUAUCCUAUUUCUCUGACCACAUCAGGCAGUGGACAUGUCGUAGCAUUGUCAUUCAUGGGGGAUUGGAAAUCCCAAAUGCUUUCUUCCUGCUGGGUCAAGAGAGCCCUCGGAUAUUGACCAGUUUUGGUCAUUUGUGCUGGCCAGCGCGUGCCUUGCCUUGCUGGACUCUCGUGCAGUUAUGGAGGAAGCACUUGGCAGAGCCUGCUUCCCAUGGGGGAGUUGGUGACCUCUGCUGCAGACACUUUCGACCUACACACAUCUUCCCCAUGGCUGAUUCAAAAGCAGGGUUUAAUGCAUGUAAAGGAAGCCAGUCGUGCCUAGCUACUUGAAGUCCCCUCUGUUAGAGGGUCACAGAAACUCAGUGUGACAGCAGCAGCGCGAUGCCCUCUGGCCUAGGCACACGUCUGUCAGCGCCGCCUCUGUUGUAGCCCCCGAGGGGCUGCAGGUGCUCUUACUUUACUCACAGGCAAAGGUGCCUUGCAGAUCGGACGUCACUGAGCCCAGGGUUUUCCUCUUGUGAAUGAAUCAGCUCUUUCAGGAUACAGAGCCUCCUUGAUCGUUUAUCGUUCAGUCAGUGGAGAUGUGUUGUCUCGAGACUUCCAGAUACUGGACUUCGAAUACUGCUUACACUUUAGAAGGAUGCUGACUUGGAAGGUGGCAAGAGAGCAUUCCUGUCUCCUAGAUGCUAGAAAUAGUUUUACAAGGGAACCUGGGCUAGUCCAUGGAGUGGGAUUCUUGGGAUCCCUUGGAUCUCUGGGGAGGGGUCUGUUUUUGUGUGAAGCCAUUUCUCAUUGUUAUUCGCAUUCUCAGGACAGAGAGCUGUAAGGAGCAGAGUACUUUGAAUACCCUGUUGUGUUUCCUGACGUGUACAAACACAGUCUCAAGGAACAUUCCUGGAGUCCGCUGCUUGGGCCUGUUGUUGCAUGGUGGGAUACAAUCAUGAAUUUCUUGCUUAACAUUCUGUAACUCUACACGUUGCUUCCAAACCACAUGGCUCCUCAUUAACUGAGUGAGAGAACCUGCUCUGGAGACCUGGUUACCUUGUAUUUGGCCUCUCUUUGGGUGGCUGGAUAAUCCGUUCUGGAAUCUAAAAGCUGUUCAAAAGGAGGGAGGCAGCCCAGUGGCUCACCACCUGUGAGCUGAUGCUCUUCAUGCGGUGUCCUUCUUGUGCAAGUUAACCCGAGACAGAGCACCUGGAAGGUCUUAGUGUUUGCUCAGUCAUUAGUGGCUGUUUCCUUCCUGACGUCUUCUCAAGACCUGGGGGAAAUUGUGUGUGCGAUGGGAGGCUGGCGUGGUCCUUUAAAAGGGAGACUCUCUACUCAUUCAUCUUUGUAUACUUCAAAAUGAUUGGAUGAAAUAAGGAAUUCAGCGAUCUACCGUUAUAGGCUUGAGCUGUGUAACCACGUCUGUGACUUGUUUGGCCUUGGUGGAAAGAUUUAUUGCCUGUAUUAGAAGGUUAUGGGCAACCAGGCUACCGUUCGGGUCCUAUUUUUCUGUUUCACAUAAAUGCAGUGUAGAGGGCUGUUUUCAGCCACUUGACUUUAUGACUUUGAUUAGGAAAAGUCAUUUCUAUCUUCCGCUUAGUUUAACCUCAUGGCAAGCAGCUAAUGAAAGCAUGGAUCACCAUGGUUCAGGGGAACAUGACGCCUCUGGAUUUCAUAGAUGGGAAAAUCAACAUAGGCAUCACACAUACUUGUUUUAAAGGAGAUUCACAGUCGGAUGCUGAGCGUGGCCUAGUCCUUGGCUGUAAACACUGUGGAAUUUUGUACCCAGUUCUUCACUGGGUCUCUAGUCGGCACCACAGCCGGGACAGCUGUGUGUGCGCAGUUCCUUGUUCUCUUUUUUCCUGUUCUCUUCUUGUGUUUCAUAAAGUUGAUUGGUUCUAAGGCUUCAACCUCUGAGCACUAACAAGCAGUCUUCAGCAGAGAGGAUUGGCCCAUUUCUCAACAGAGUAUGAGAGGGCUUAAAGGUUCCAAUUUUCAUUAUAAUGUGACAGCAGAUACGUGUUAAUCCUUGCAUGCUAGUCAGUGUGAGAUGAUGCAUGUAGAGAAUUCAAUAUCCUGAUCUUCACAGCAACCGAUAGGGACAGUACAAUAAUAUCCUAGUUCCAGAAUGGAAUGCUGGGCCUCAGGGAAGUGGAGUAGCAUGCCCAGCUCACCCAGCUGGCAAGGGCAGUGUAGGGGCUCAAACCUAAGAUGCCUGAUGGGGGAGCUGGGUUUCCUAAUCUCCCCUUGAACUUCUUCUAAUUCACAGACAUUGACGACUUCUAAGCACUAAGCUCUGUUGUGCUAAAACGGUAUACCAACACCAGUAUCUUCGCUCUUGGACUUGCACUGGGUGAAUUAAGUUCAUAAAGAGUGAUGUCACUUGGCAAGUGGAAUAAUGAGUGAAUCUGUAUAGUGGGUUUGAGUACAAGAAUCAAUUCUUAUGGGCGAUGUCAAUAGGAAAACCACACAGCUUUGAUGCAAAUGUUUGGGGUUGACCUUCACAGACCAGGAGGAGAUGAGGAGAAGUUGUUGUUUUCAGAUGAUGUUCAUAGCAUAAAAACAAAAGGUAUGUAGAAACCAAAGUGCAAGUGAGUCGUGGAUGUGUGGUGGACAACGAGGGAGGGAAGAAGCAUGGAGCGAGACUGUGUUGCACAUCGCUGGCCAUGCCGUGGGACUGUCGCAGGAUCAAGUCCGGAGGCUCCUGGCAGAGGGAUUUAUGUCAUGUUCUAGGUAGAAGGAUAAAGAAGAGAACCAGGGAUGGUUCACACAGGGUGGUGUUGGGGCAGGGAGAGAGGGCACUAAGCAGGGUACUUUUUAUUGGUGACUUAGUACAGGCUUGCUAGAGUGAUGGGAGCAUGAAAUGCGUUCUCUUAUUUGGUCCUCUCAGAGGACUCUGACAAGGGCUUGGCACUGUGGGUUAGUGGCUUAAGCCGCUGCCUACAGUACUAGCAUCCCAUACGGGCGCCAGUUCAAGUCCCCACUGCUCCACCUCUGAUCCAGCUCUCUGCUAAUGAGCAUGGGAAAGCAGCAGAGGAUGGCCCAAGUCCUUGGGAUUCUACACGUGGGAGACCUGGCAGAGGCUCCUGACUCCUGACUUUGGCUUGGCCCAGCCCCGGCCAUUGCAGCCAUCUGGGGAGUGAACCAGCGGAUGGAAGACCGACCUCCCUCUCUCUCUCUCUCUCUCUCUCUCUCUCUUCCUCUUUUGUUCUAUAACUCUGCCUUUCAACUUAAAAAAAAAAAAAAAAGCUUUGAUAAGUAUAUGAUGCUAAUAUUUUUAGACAAAGAAUUAGGAUUGGCAAUGCUUAGUAACUCUCCAAAAUCCUAAAGUUAGCAGGGAAGGCACAUUUCAAAGUCACAUCUGUGUGAUACCAGAAACUGCUUGUAGGACCCCCGUAGGAGUUAUAUUUGCAUGACUGAUCAGAGAUAACAUCUUAGCAACUUUUCUGAAAUUGGUGGGGAGAUUGAGACAUGCCACUUCUAAAAAUCCUAGAGAUAAGUGUUGAUAGAAGAGAUAAAUUGUCGAAGCCCCUUCCAGCUCUGUGCUUGUGUGUUUACAGUAGACCUAAUUAGCCCUUGGCUAUGGCCAAUGUCACCUCGUUAAUCAUGAGGUGCUUUGUGGAUCCUCCUCUGUGGAUUGACAUUAAGAGAAGAGAAUAGACCAAAACAGCGUGAUUCAGAUAUGGUUUCCACAUCUGAGUCCAGCUUGUGUGCAGAGUUAAUCAGUGUGUGUAAGCACGUGGUUGUAGCCAUUGACCACGUGAUUCUACGUGCUAUACAUCUGUGGGGGCAGCGGUCCGUAGCGAUGUGUGUGUGGGGCCCAGGGACAAGCUUGUGUGUGAUUCGUUGGAGCGUGCUGCAGGCAGUGUGCUGGCCUGCUCAGAGACCCUGGUAUGGAGGGAGUGGUGAGAGUCGGGAGAAGAGGCAGCUGUUGGUUAUCCCUAUGUUGUGCUUAGCUCACAACCCUGCGCCAACUCUCACCCUGGAAAUUCCUUAGGGAAACUCUCCUGGAUGACAGGAUGAGUGAGAAUCUUGACCAGUGGUCAAGGAAUUCAUCUGUAAAGAGACAAUUACUGAAAAUUUAGAGAAUUGUGAUGGGGAGGGGGGCAUGACUGGUGAUCUGCAGGCUGUCUUGAUGGUACCAUGCUGUGACCUCGUGUGUGGGAGCGGUGGACGGACAGGGGGUUCUGGUACGUGGGGGCUGAGAAGGGGCAGGAGGGUGUUCUGUGAUUGAGGCUGCGUUGUUACAGGCAGAGUAAGUGCUCUCUGGCAUAGUUCUGAGAUUCCAGAAGAACAUGUUUA